CAAAUCUUAUAUACGCAUGCGCUUACUUACCACCUCGGUUUGGAUUGAUCGUCGGUAAAUAAGAUAUGGCGCUAGGGACCCGAAGAGCAUCUGUCAAGAAAUUGGGAGCCUUUUGAUGAAGAGAAGUACGAGUCCUUCAUGAAAGAAGAUUUUUAGUUUCGAAUGCUUUGGUAUAUAGCCUUGGAAAUGUGUUCACCAGAUGAUGGAAAUUGAGACUUUUUCAUGCCUACGAAGUCCAGAAAGCUUACCAAAUAAUCAUAGUCCCUCUCUAGAAUCUCGUUGUCAUACCAAUAUGGUUGUCGAUCUUCAGUCACAAAGUCCAUGUAAUGUGCCGUCCGAUCCUUCAGUGCAUUCAUCUCCUCAUGAUUACAAAUCCUUGCCAAGGGAGAGUGGCAAAUCACCCUCUUCCCAUGAAUACAAACUAUUGCCACCAGAAGGGGCAAUCACUCCCAGUCCUGAAAACCCACCCACCAUUGAUUACUCAGACAUGCCAAAGGAGAGCUCGUACAUUGGGCAAUCAAGCCCCCACUCCAGCCCACCCAACCUGAGUCCAGAAACUAUGGGCAGUGAAACUCCAGAACAGGUAUGCAGUCCGAGUGCCUCACCAAAUCAGUCUCCUGAUAAGCACCGAUCCAGACGCAAGCCAACUUUGGAGGACAUAGUCAGGCGCAUAGGGCAUGUGGAAAACAGUGAGGAGAGUGAUUUGGAAGAAGAAGAUGAGACUACAAAUGGCCUGAUGAUUGACAUGAGGAGUGCAGAGGAGAGGGAGGAAAUGAUGAGGGAAUAUGGUGAGGAUGAAGUAGAUGGAGCUCCUCCCAGGGAAUCGGUCAUUGCCACCUUUGGGGAGCAGAGGCUUACCAAUGGAUUGGACCCAUUAGGGAGAAGUGAAAUCUCCAACAAAACAAUAUCCACAGAGGAGGAGUCCAUGCUCUCAGAAAGUAGUGAAAGAGAAGUGUCCAAAUCUACAGAGUUGCCAAAGGAGAAAUCCAGUGAAUAUAUAAAGCAAGAAGAGGACCCAGCUGCAAUUGCAGAUAAAAUUGCACAAAUGUCAGCCUUGGCUGACAACUUGACCAAAGCCUCUGAAUUCCAUGGUGCCCCUAAGAUAAAUGGUUGGUUUCCAGGACCAUAUGCAAGUCUUCCUAUUUUUCCAUUCCAGCAAUCACCCAUGGAGCAUCAUUUGGCACCAAACUUGUUUCCAUUUAUGGAUGGAAAGUUCCCGUCUCCUCAAGAAGUAGAAAAGGAUUACUUGAAAUGUCAGUACUGUGAGAGAACAUUUCGAAGACAAAAAAACUUGGAGAAUCAUAUAGAGAACACACACCAAGGGAAAACGCAGACUCGACGUAAAAGUGAGAAUGGCAGCAAUGACAUGUACUUCAAGUGUACCCACUGUCCUUACACCACAAAGCACCAAAGCAACCUGUAUGUUCAUCUUCGGAUUCACACAGGAGAGAGACCUUACAUUUGUGGUGCAUGUGGAGUACAAUACAGUCAAAGUCACAGCCUAAAAAGCCACAUUAUCAACAAACAUGAUGGCAUCAUGUCUUAUUACAUUAAAGAGAAAAGGAAUCGCUCUCCACGAGGGAUGGGAUACCUCCAGCAUGUCGUAUCUGAUGUCUUUAACUCCUCAAGUGCACCUACGAUGGUUCCACCACCAAAUCUCAAUCAGAGUCAAGGUCACCUCCCACCGACUUCAACGCCCCUGCAAAUCCACCCAUCUCUUCUGAUGCCCCAGGGUCCUAUGCUUCACUCGCAGCCAAUGAUGUCUCCAAAAGGCAUGCCUCAACUGUCUCCACAAAUAAACAAGUCACCUCAUCUAUCCCCAAUGUCCAAACAGCAGCAGCAACAUCCAUUCCACUUGUCUCCUCAGACCCCUCAUCGCCCACACUACCAGCCACCCAUGAAAUCUAGUCCCAAUCAUUUUAUCAAUGGUCAUACAUCUCCCAUUUUUAAUCAUAACAACAACAUUUUGAACAAAUCUCAGAUGAGUGAGCAAAUUCAACCCUUGUCUUUAGUUUCUUACAACAAGAACCAGUCAACUCCACUGAAGGAAAUAAGCAAUAAUUGUGGAAACUUGCAGAGAGAGGGGGAGAAUGGUGCUAUAGAUUUGAGCAAGAAGCCAAGCAACACAAAGGAGCCAUUAGAGAUGACCAAAACUGAGGCUGACCAACUACUGAAGGUCAUGGUCAAUGGUGGCUCUUGUGAAAAUUGUAGUCAUGAAACCAAACUGAGGCUGUUGCGCCAGAAUGUGGUUCGAAUGCUGAGUAUACUAGUCCCCAAUCUUAACUUUGAGGAGAAGGGGAUCAGUGCAGAAGGAGAUUCUGUAGAUGAACUGUUGCAUGAUGUCAUUGAAAGCAAUAUGCAAGAUGAUGACAUGGCUGAGUAACUCUGAAGAGGAUUUUGUUCAAGAGACCCCCCCCCCCCCCCCCAAAUGGCAAAUGUUUCUGGUGAGCUGUUAUGAGACAAAAUUUUAGAGAUACUGAAUUUAGGAAGAUCUGUCUCAAAAGUUUCAAAAGCAUUACUUGUCACAGUGACAUCGUCAUUUUUUUCUCAAGUGCUUCUGUGUGCAAUACCACAUUUUUCUCCAUGUCAUCAUAGAAACAUAUCAUGAGGGACCACUUCUCUCACAAAACCAAUAAAACAUGAGCUGGCAGCGACUGCUUGGCAGAAACUCUCAUCAAUGUUGUUUUCAUCCCAUCGUUUGGUCCAAGACCACUCUCCAUGAACCAUUCAUAAAACCAAAUGACUGUGCAUUUUUACUAUUGAGGUUUCCUCCCAAAGAGACAAAAUUUUAUAUUUAUACAAGGAGGCAAAAAAGAGGUCCAUAGAACCAAAGAUGAUUAUUUUAACCCCUGUUGUAUAUCUAUAUUGUGUUGUGCAGAUGUGUCAUAUUAAUGAUGAAAAGUUUCUUUAGAAACUUGGACUAUUUGCCAUUUAAUGCUGUUCAAAUGUUUCUUCACCAAAUUUAUUGGAUUAUCCAUAUAGUGAUUUUAUCCAUAUCUCUUGUGCUUUAUUUAUUAAUAUUUACUAAUUUUUGCCAUAUAGUUUUUUUCCUUCAAGACCCAGAAUUUUUUUCUUGACAUUAAUAUUAUGUGUUCAAAAUGAGCAAGUUGAACAUGUGCUCUCCUUAAAUUCCAAUUGUGUAUGUACUGGUUGUGAAGUUCAAUUAUUCCAAGCUAUUUAUGAUUUUUAUUUCGUCCAGUAUACUAUUAUUUGAUUUUACAAGAUGUAUACCACAAAUGGCUUUUUUAUUGAUGAUUUAUUUACAAAUGGUCAUGAUCUCUGUGUAUGAAGGAAAAGGACUUAUUUAUGAGAAUGUUUUUCCUUAACUCAAUCUUGUGUUGUGUACUCAAUGAUUUAUAUAUAUGUAUAUAUAUAUCACAUUAAUGAAACACUUGGAAUAUAUAAGGAUCAUAUGUACUUGAGUCUGUAAUUGAAAUCCCCUUCAUCAAAGAAUUUUAAAAAACCAAACGGAAAAAUAUUUUACUUCAGAAGAAAGUAGAUAAACACAUUUUUCAUGGUCUAAUAUCUUGUCUACAAUAUGUUAGAAAAAGCAGGGGUUGACUUCUUUCUUGAUGUGUCGUUUCAACUUCUUACCGUACAAGCUAAAUUUGUCAUCUGAUAUUUUUAAACAUGUAAGAUGUCAUUCAAAUAUGUAAAUGGAUCUUGUGAAAGGUCAUUGUUUUUUAUGUUUGACUGUCCAUUGUCUUAAAGAAUGCAUUUUAUGUCUUUCUCCUAAAAUGAGUCACAAGUUCACCAUAAUUUGAAUUUUUGUUUCAGUUAUAACUCCAUGCAAACACAAAAGAUGGCCUUGAGAAUUAGUACCCUUUUAAAAACUAUAUCCACUUUGUGGCAAUUAAGAUCCAGAUAUGUCCCACUUUUAAUUUUAUUAAUACACACUAACACUUUCUCAAUUCACAUGAAAUUUGAUGGGGCGAGUACUCUUAUGAAAUAGGACUUCAAUUUUGCCUCACCUUGGAAAUUUGUGAAUGAUUCGAUUUGUAUAAAUAACUUGUCUUACACAUGUUGUAGUUGAAUUGAAAAACCAUAGCAAUAUGUAAUGCCAUGGUUAUCAGAGCAAUACCUGUUCUGUUUGGAGUAAAUUUACCAGGUUUUUCUUAUUCCCAUAAAAAGUCAUUUGAGAUUGGGCAUUAAAUUGUCUUCCCAGCUUCUGCUCUUCUGAUGCAUUUGAUCUGCUUUGAAAUUUACUUUUGGUGGAAAAUCUGCAUAUUUUGAAAUUAAGCUUUACAUAUUUUGCCAAUAUAUUAUGUUUUUUAGAACAUAAAAGGAUGUGCAGAUUCUGUAAUAAGUCGUGAUGGAGACCAUAAAUUUCUGUGCCUGUGCUGUAUACAGAGUAUCUUCCAAUUAUAUUUGUAAUGUUGCGUAAUUCAAAAACUUUCUCCUGUUGCUAGACUCAAGUAUAUACAUGUAUCAACUUAUUAUUCCAGAACCAGACAUAAAUUGCUAUUCAUUUGUUAUUUUUCGAUCUGACUUCCCUCUGAAAUGGAAUACAAGUGAUUUAUGUGUACUGGGUUAUUAUUAUUAUAUAAUUAGAUAGAUAUGGUUUAUUUCAAUUGAAUUUCAAAAUAACGGGAAAAUUCCAUUAAAGGGAGCCCAGAUUCUGUCUUGAUUUCCAAAUUGUGCAUUAUUUACAGUUUUGUGUCGCUUUUCAUACAAUUUAUGACCAUUUGUAGAACUGGGCUUUGAAUUCUCAUCAUUUUAUUGUGACAAUAGAAAUUUUAACUGCCAAGAUUUCUACUACACAAAAAGUUUUAAAUGGUUUCUUCUGUAAAAUUAUACCAUUCAAAUAUGAAUAAUGGCAAUAUUUUGUGAUGUAUUCUGACAUAUUGGAAAUUUUUUUCUGGAGUAAAUAGAAGCAUUGUUUUGUAUAUUUCAGUGAUGAGAGAUUCUGGCAUUCAGUUAUUGAAAUCCAGAGUGCAGAGAUGAUAAAUACAAACUCUUUCUUUUUGGCUUCUGUGCAACUUUGUUAUUGAAAAACCUGUACACCCCGAGUAAUAUUUAAAAUAUCUGGAUGGAUUGAGGAGGUUGGAUUGUCAAGUAAUAACUGGGUACCAGGUUAUAUCAAUGUUAUGCUGAUUGUUUGUACAUAUCUUAUGUAGUGACUUAACUGGUUCUCAUAAUCCUUGAUAUGACAAGAUAACUAGUGCUAUAUUUGGUGCGUUCUUUGUGUAAUUGUUGUGUUGUAUCGUUUUUAUGUGAAGAAUGAUUGAGCAGUGUCAAAAACUUUGUACAUUUUACAUAUGAUGUUGAUAUAAAUUUUAUGUAUUUGAAAAAUUUUAAAUCAAAGUACAUUAUAUGCUGAAUGUAUGUAGAUUUUCUUGUGUCAACAUAUGAGAGUGUUAUACAUUCCAUUUACCCAUGAUUCUAUGCUACUAAAACUAUGCUUACUGAAAAGAGUGGUCUAUCUAGUAACUUUUUCCAAUCAUUUUUACCACUGUUGAGACUUUUUUGGUCAUUGAACUGUGCUCUUUAAUGUGGUCCAGUAUAUAUGAGUUGAAAUCUUUUGAAGUGAUUUUUCUUUGCAAAUUCUCAUGCAGCAGAGACCUUCCAAGUCAGUUAAGGCAGCAGUGGAAGGGGACUAGGUGCUUUUUGUCCUAUUAUCAUCAAAAUCAAAAGGUGCUAUCUUUCUGUCUUUGUAAGCACAGGCUCCAAAUUAGCAUAUGUACUUACAAGAAACAUUUUACUUCAAGGCAUUUAUCAUUAAGGCAUUUAAGAAAUAUUGUGCAAGUACUUGAUAGUGUUGAGGAUGGGUGUGUUGAAAAUUUCCUUCAUUUUGUUACUCGUAUUAAACUUUCAUCAUCAUUCGAAGACGAGUUGGGCAUAUAUGUUAAGUCCUGAAGUUGAAGUGAAGAGCUUACAAGGAUUUCAUUUCUUGAUAUUCUGAAACAUUCCUUAUUCUUACACUUGACCAAAUUUGUGAGGAUGUCCCUCUAGCAAUUUCACAUAGAUUUCAAGAUAAUGAAAAUUUUAUUCUUUGUCCACAAAUAAGUGCUUUAUUAUAAAGGCUGUUAGAUGCUCAGCACAAAAUAGUGCUAUUUUAGGUGGAAAUAUGCUGCUUAGUGUCCAGAAAGCCAAAUUGAAAAUUUGAACGCGAUCUAGGAUGAUUUUUGCUACGGCUGCUGUUGAAAACCAUUUGUGAUUCAUGACUGCUGAUAUGUCUAAUUUUUCAUUUUCAUGUGUCAUCCAGAUUCUGUUUAAACUUCAAUUUUCUUAAAUGAGUUUUCGCAAUUUCAUUCCAUAUCAUAUACACUGUAUUUUAGUUUAAGUGAAAGUUUAUUAAGUUUCUUUAUUAUGAAUGUGUUCAAUGAAGGUAUUGUGUUCAAGAAUUGGUUUGUUUUGUUGGGUUUUUUACUGUUAUUUUAAGUGAGUAAUCUCAAUUUUUGUUGUGUUCAGUAUCUAACAAAAUAACAAAUAAAUAUUGAGAGAAAAGUUAUCAGCGAGAAGUCUAGAUAUUAGGAAACAUUCAGGUUCAAAAUUCAAUCUAGUCCCAUCACUUGAUAAUGUACAUUUCAAAAGCAAAAACACACACAGUAUACAUGAAAUCUUUACAAUUGUAUUUUGUUUUUGUUAGAAUUUUUGACAAUUUUGAUCGCAUUAUUUUUAUGAUAUGUUUACUUUGGUUGUGUCUGUAUAUAUUGAGUAUGUAGCUCUUUUUUUGAUCAAUUGUUUUAUAGGUUUUUUUCCUCUGGUUAUUUGUACAUAUGGAUGUAAUUGUUGAGUUGUCCCUACAUGUGUUCAGUUUGUUAAGGAUGUUUGGUUGUGUUUUUUCUCUCUCUCUGUAUAUUCCUACAUGUGUUCAGUUUGUUAAGGAUGUUUGGUUGUGUUUUUUCUCUCUCUCUGUAUAUUCCUACAUGUGUUCAGUUUGUUAAGGAUGUUUGGUUGUGUUUUUUCUCUCUCUUUGUAUAUUUUUCCUUUCAUUUGUUCUGUUUACAGUAGGAGUAUUAAUUUAUUUUGAAUAAGAAGCAAUUUUCUUGCAAAACCAAACAUUCAAUAAGAUAUACAUUUACUGUGUUAGCCGUCCUUAAAACUUUGCCUAACUACGGAAUUGUGGCAUUCGUAUCUAUUUUUGUGAACAAAUAAUUGACAGGACUGGCUAAAGGACAUGGAUACAGAACAAGGUUUGGAUUCAAAGGUACCAUAGCAGACAGCAAUAAGUCUUGUUCAAUACAUAGCAAUAGUAUUAUAUAUUAUAGUUAUAUAUUUAGCACUUCAUGUGCUUCCAUGUCAAAAACUAUUGUUGUUGUGUAUAUAUUUGGUGUUUAGAUAUUUUCUUUGUUACCCUGAGUAGUGUAUCCAGAUGUUAGUGAUAGUAAGGCUGUGUUUUGUUAUAUGUAAACUCUCUAUGCGAAACAUGAAUAGAUCAAAAUCACCAAAGAUUCCAACUGUGUAAAAGUUUAGUCUUCCUACAUAUCUAUUGCAAGGUAUUGCUUAUCUAAAGUUCUGAACAUUUUUACAAGUUGUGUGUCAAAAAUAUCUUUAGUUCGGAAAGAAGCUGUAGAUUUUGAGGUCUGCAAAUUUAAGAAAAUAUGCACCCACCAAAGAAUGUGUCAUAUGUUGUUCUAAAGCCUUGCAAUGUGAAAUUUAAAGGAUGAGACUUUACCUUAAUACUUGUAUCCAUAUUGCCAAAGGUCGAUGUUUUCCCUUUAAGUUCACAGCAAUAAAGAAUAUUACAUGUAUAUUGCCUCAUACAUAUUGUUCUGAUUGUGUAAUUUUCUUGUGAUUAUGAUUUUUAAGUAUUUUUAAUGAUUAAUAAUGAUUCUACUUAAUUUGUUGGGUUUUUUUAAAAGAACAUUGCUGAACAUUAUGUGUGCAAGUCAAUUUUGUGAGCCUAGAAAACUGCCAGCAGGGGGCGCUCUGCUGUAAGGACUGCUGUUUGUAAUAGGGCUUAGUAACCAUGGUAACAUAGUAGUGCUUAAGUCACGUGUCUGUUAUAAUGCUAGAUUUUGUCAUAUGUCUUCAAAAAAUAAACCAGUAAUCAUAA